AGUACCUGGGUUCUAUAGCCAUUUCAAAACUUUAAAUUCGCCCAUCAACAGUUUCAUCACCAAGAUAACAUUUAUCUAAGGUCAGCCUCCAUUAUGACAAUAAUAAAUCUCGAAGCAUAAAAGCAGAAAAUUAAGAGCAAGAGAAUGUUUUGCACAGAAACAAUAAAUCACAUUGAAAACCCAUUAACACCAUCACCUUGCCCCUUCCCCAAUGCUGCAAAAACUUCUAGGGCAAAAGGCACAUUAUUUCUUCACCAGAAAAUGGCGAAGAGCUUCUUUUGUUUCCUGUGUUUUCUCCUCCUCCAAAUAGUCACAACCCAAUCCCACCUGAGUGGUGGUGUUUCCAUCAGCAUUGGCGGAGUUCGGGGAGCUGUUUGGAUAGGCAGAGGAAUCACAGCCCCGCCUGAUUCGAAGCAAAGCCGGGUUUACACCGCUCUUCAGGCAUGGAAAUCUGCAAUCACAGAUGACCCAAACAUGGUUUUGGACACUUGGGUGGGAUCAAAUGUGUGUGGCUACACGGGAGUCUUCUGUGUGGAUCCUCAAGAUGGAUUGGGUGACCCAACUGGACCUACAAUUGCAGGCAUAGAUCUAAACCAUGCAAAUCUCCAGGGCGUUUUGGUCAAAGAACUGUCUCUCGUCACAGACAUGUCCCUUCUUCACCUAAACAGCAACAGGUUCACAGGCGUAAUACCUGACACUUUCAAGGAUCUCCCUUUUCUAACUGAAUUGGACCUUAGCAACAACCAGUUUUCGGGUCCGUUUCCAUCCCCGUCUCUCCUCAUUCCGAACCUCGAAUUCUUAGACCUGAGGUUCAACAACUUCUCAGGGCCUAUCCCUGAAGCUAUCUUUGAUACAAGGUUCGAUGCCAUUUUCCUAAACAAUAACCAGUUUGAGGGGCAAAUACCUUCAAAUUUAGGGAAUUCCCCUGCUUCUGUGAUAACUUUGGCUAACAACAGAUUUUCCGGUAACAUACCAUUUAGUCUGGCAAACGUUGGUCCAAGAUUAAAGGAGAUUUUGUUCGUAAAUAAUCAGCUGACGGGUUGUAUUCCGGAGGGGAUUGGGUUUUGGCAAGAUUUGAGAGUUUUGGACGUAAGUCGUAAUUCGCUGUCAGGUCAUUUGCCUGGCUCCAUUUCUUGCUUGAACGACAUUGAAGUCCUUAAUUUGGCUCACAACAGGUUCUCCGGAGAACUGUCUGAUUUGGUUUGCUCACAGGGGAGCCUUGUGGAAUUGACUGUCACUAGCAAUUUCUUUAGUGAUUUAGGCCAUGAAUGUGGGAAAUUGUCAAAUAGGAAUGUGCAUUUUGAUUUCUCAGGCAAUUGUUUUCCGUGGCAGCAAAGGCAGAGGCUUGAACCAGAGUGCUCUGUGAUCCCUAGAGGUGGGUUAAAUUGCCCUAGGAUUCCUGGAUCAAGGCCUAUUUUCUGUGGGGCAUUCGAUGUAACUUAACGGGAAUCGUUCUGGGCAUUCAUAACCAUGAGAGAGCUAAUGGCUGUCAACUUCCUAAGUCAAUUUUUUCGGUGGACUUGGUAAAUCUAAUGUUUUCAUGUCUUUCUUUCUUGGAAAGGAUAUGUGCAGAAUCAAUACAAAUGGAUUCAAAUGGGAAUAGGUAUUACCGAACGAAAAUUCAACCCAUGGCGGUAUGCAUGUAUACAUACAAGAAUCCACGAUAUGGAGUGAAGUCCGUGCAAGUUUAUCAUUAUAUCUUGCUCACCAUG